AUGGCUUCUACAGGUGUAAACGUUCUCCGGUGGUCGGCAUUGGGUGCUGGCGUCCUUUACGGAGUCUACCAUCAAGCGUCACUUUCCUCAUCCGCGAAGGUCGCCGCGAUCAAGAGAGACUAUGAGCACAAGCAAAAGUUGAUCGACCAGGCGAAGGCGGAAUAUGCGAAGAAGAACCUCCCUCCAAGCGCGAAAACAGCCGAAGGAACCACCAUAAGAGACCCCAAUGAUCCCCAUUUCGAUCUGGAGGCAUUCCUGAAUGCUGUUGCGGCGGAGAACAAAUAG